CAAUACUCUGCCAAUUGUUCAACGUGUGCGUUACACCUCGAGUAAUUUACUUCUUUUCUUGGAUGUACCAGCCAAAAAACGAGGUUCUUUCUGUAUAACCUCGAAUUUUGUACAUCGAUAGACGCUUGACGACUCACUUUGCUGUAGAAAUGACUUUCGACAUAGUUAUAUGUUUUACCAUCAUGCUCGUGACGGUUCGUGCCAAUAACGUUGUGGUUCACUUUCACUCCUAAUCAAUCAGAACCAAUGUAAUGGACAAAUCAAAAAAUUGUUUGAGAAACCUUUUAUUCACUAAUCCUGUUACAGGAGUACUAAUGGGUAGUGAGGGGAGUUCGAAUCACUGUGAAACUGUUGUUGUAGACUACAGGUACUUUUUUUUAAGUGAACUAACAUUUUCAUCAAUCUCUUUUCCCUUUGUUCUGCCUUUAUGAACAUAAGCUCCCCAAAUAUUGCUAAGCCAUUUCACCUGGGGCAUUUCCGAGCUACUGUAACAGGAAAUUUUGUUAAAAACAUCAAUGAAGCUUUUGGACAUAAAGUAAUUGGAAUAAAUUACAUUGGUGAUUGGGGUACUCAAUUCGAUAUCUUAGCAUCGGGAUUUUCAAAAUAUGGGGAUCAGGCUGAAUUGCGAAGAAAUCCCAUUGAACACUUAUAUAAAGUCUAUGUACAAGCGAAUCGUGAUAUCCAAUCAUCAAAUGAAGAAAAUCCACCAUAUGGAAUUGAUCAUGGAAAUCAAUCGGUUAACUUUAUCAAACCAAUACUCAAUAAUACAACUGAAAUACAAUCUCGUGAUACUGAAUUCUGGCGAUAUAUUCGUGAAGUAACUUGUAAACAGUUGCAAUCAAAUUAUCAGCGUAUGAAUAUUCGAUUUACAAGUUACGAAUAUGAAUCCGAUUAUGUGGAGAAGGCUUAUUCACUUGCUAACAUGUUACUAGCCAAUGGGUUAGCUUACAAAAGUUCUGAUGGUCUGACUUGUAUGUCGACAGCAAACAAUAAUGAUGUGAAUUUUUCGAAUCAAAAUAUUAUCCUGUUGAAAAGUGAUAAGUCAACUUUAUAUUUAACCAGGGAUAUAGCGGCGGCGAUUUCUCGUUACGAAAAAUAUCAUUUCGAUAGGAUACAUUAUGUGGUUGAAAUUGGACAGCGCUUACACUUUCAACAACUCAACUAUGUUCUCCUAAAAAUGGGUUAUAAUUGGCCAGUUUUAUCUAUGGUCGAUGAUGAUGUUGAUAAUAAUAUUGAUAAUGAUCAGUGUAUUCAAAGUGCUCGUAAUCUUUUACAUAUUCCAUUCGGUCGAAUUAUGGGAAUGAGUACUAGAAAAGGUGAAGGUUUAUUUCUAUUGGAUAUUUUAAAUAAUGCUCAACAAUUCAUGCUGAAUCGAAUGAAAUCUUCUCAAAAUACACGAAUAACCCAAAAUGAAUCAGUUAAUCCACCAUUGUUAUCUCAAAAUGAAAUAGCUGAUCAUUUAGGUGUAACAUGUUUGGUAACAACAAUGUUUGCUUAUCCACGUCAAAAACCAAUUAAUUUACAGACAUUCCUUGGUUUACCAGUGACAUCAUCAUCACCAACAAUGAAAAAUAGUCAUUUGUUGAAAUCGUCAGCUGUAAGUGAAUUAUGCGGAUUAACUCUACAAUAUUGUCAUGCAAGACUAUGCAGCCUAGAAUCUCGUUCAAUUUCAUCCGGUCUGUUCCCAUUCAAGGUUAAUAGCAGUGAUCCAACAUCAAUUGUGUUUGAUAUGGAUCACCUUGUUCAUGAAUUCGAUCAAUUUAAAGAAUGGCCUUCAACAACGAUUAAUGAAAAAUCUUUUGUAAAAUUGGCUGAUCAGUUGUGCAGAUUUUCUACUGUGCUUCAUACUGCUUAUUCAAAAUACGAGCCACAUUACGUACUACAAUAUGCAUUACAACUUACCUCUGAUGUAAACUCAGCUUGGAAGCAUUUACCAGUUUUGCAAUGCACAAAUAAAGGAGAUCAACUAAUACGUCUAUUCAUCUUUCUAGCGUCUAGAAAUGUACUUGCCUCAUGUUUACGUUUAAUGGGAAUCAAACCGUUGAGUGCGAUAUAACAGUGAUUAUUAUUAUUAUGAAAAACGAAUCCUUUCAUGCUUGAGUUCAUAUAUCAGUGUAUAAUACAGAUUGAUUAAACAAAAUCCAUUCUUUUUCCCUUUUCUAUGUACAAUUAUCAUCUAUUGUUUAAGACAAAUUAUUUUUGUCAAUUGUAUGUAUUUUACUGGGUGUCAUUGAACUUUUACCAAACAACUGGGGUCAACAGACUACUUAUGGUACAUUGUAGAAUUCUCAGCACAAAUUAUUUCAACAUGUUUAUUUUUCUUAUUUCUUGAUCGAUCCUUGCGAUAAAUAUUGAGUAGUUGCCAGUUAAAUGUUAGCAGUUCAGGACUCGAUAUCUGAAUAUUGUAUAUUCUUU